AUGCCUUUCACUUCGGUCCGACGUGUUGGUCCUCGUGGCAGAGUCUUGAUGUCAUGGCGGUAUUCUUCUUACUCACCCAGACGGCAGCUCGGAAGCUCUGCCUUGGUGGGUGAGGAUAUUCCCCGUGUAUCAGGCUCGCUAGAUACGGCUGUAUCCCUCUCACGCCGAAAUCGAAUUCGCAAUGCAAAGCCGUUCUCGGAGUUUUUGACCGACACAUUCAAUCGCCAACAUGACUACUUGAGGAUCUCCGUUACCGAACGAUGCAACCUCCGCUGUGUGUACUGCAUGCCCGAGGAAGGCGUUCCCCUAUCUCCCAACAGAGAGCUUCUCACGACGCCAGAGAUUGUCAUGCUGGCAACCGUUUUCGUCUCUCAGGGAGUAAACAAAAUACGUCUCACUGGCGGCGAGCCUACGGUUCGACGUGAUAUACUGUCCCUGAUGCAACAAAUCGGUGCAUUGCGGCCUGGCGGCCUGAAGGAGCUAUGCAUAACAACCAAUGGCAUAUCGCUCCAUAGAAAGCUGGACGGCAUGGUAGAGGCCGGCCUUACGGGCGUCAACCUGAGCCUCGACACCCUGGACCCGUGGCAAUUUCAGAUAAUGACUCGAAGGAAAGGCUUCGACGCAGUGCAGAAAAGUAUUGAGAGGAUACUGGAGAUGAACAAGGUGGGCGCCGGAAUUAAGCUGAAAAUCAAUUGUGUGGUAAUGCGCGGGAUUAAUGAUGGCGAGGUGCUCCCGUUUGUGGAGCUGACUCGGGAAAGGGAUCUCGAGGUACGAUUCAUUGAGUAUAUGCCAUUCGACGGGAACAAAUGGAACAGGGGCAAGAUGUUUAGCUAUACCGAGAUGUUGGAUCUCAUCAGAGGACAGUAUCCCGGUCUAGCAAAGGUCAAAGAUGCGAAAAACGACACGAGCAAGACUUGGCAUAUCCCGGGAUUUGUUGGCAGGAUUGGGUUCAUCACAAGCAUGACACACAACUUCUGUGGCACCUGCAACCGGUUGCGUAUCACGGGCGAUGGCAACUUGAAGGUGUGUCUCUUUGGCAACGCCGAGGUGUCCCUGCGAGAUAUAUUGCGCAAGUCGAACCGUGGAAAGCCCAUUGACGAGGGAGCAUAUGAAGUAUUGAAGCAAAUCGAAAUGGACCGGAAGCAAGGCCGAAUUUCCCCAGACCAGCCUCUAGGUGUGGCACCCAACGAAGCUGAGUUGCUGGAUGUCAUUGGCGUAGCAGUCAAGGGGAAGAAGGCCAAGCAUGCUGGCAUCGGGACCCUCGAGCACAUGAAGAAUCGGCCGAUGAUACUGAUAGAGCCCACUCCAGCAUCACUCCGAGACCAAAUGCCACCCAAAGUUGGCCGCCUGAUUAGUGGCACUGGGAUCCUUGGUCAGACACCGUACACUAUGCAGACCUCUCGUGUUGCUGGUUGUAGGAUGCUGUCCUCAAGUCCACAGCGCCACAAGCAGGAUACUAGCGAGGGCAAAGAGAAGGGGGCAGUCUCCCUGACGCACGUGUCGGACACUGGCUCAGCUCACAUGGUCUCGAUAUCAGAAAAGUCAGUCACGUCGCGGGUAGCCACGGCAGCAUGUACCGUCCGCUUCUCUAACAAGACGGCGGUAUCACUGGUUCGGGACAGCCAGAUGAAAAAGGGCGAUGUGCUCGGCGUGGCCCGCAUCGCCGGCAUCAUGGCAGCCAAGCGAACGCCAGACUUGAUACCGCUAUGCCAUCCAAUCGCAAUAUCGCACGUCGCGAUUGAUCUGGAACCCGGGGAAGGGGGGGACACAAUCGACAUCCGAGCAACGGUGACAUGCGAUGGCAAGACGGGAGUCGAGAUGGAGGCAAUGACGGCGGCUUCAACAGCGGCUCUAACGGUGUAUGACAUGUGCAAGGCGGUAGACAAAGGCAUGAUGAUUGACGGCGUGCGGGUCGUGUUGAAGGACGGCGGCAAGAGUGGACGAUGGGAAAUGGACACAUGA